CUUUCCCACAACUGUGGCUUCUUUCCCGGAGUUGGAUGAAAACAGAGCAGAAGGAGGAGGAGAAGAGAGGAAAUGUGGAGCUAAAACAGCUCUUAUAUAUUAAUAUUAUUAAUCUGUGCGGGUUUAACAGCGCCCUCUCCUCAGCAUGUUCACUCCGGCUACUGAGAGCUUCAUUAAACAGGCCAGAGAAAUACAGGAAGAUGAGCUGCAGAGGUUUUACGGGCGCGUGUCUAAACAUCUCCUCCAAUCACCUAAAGAAGGUGGAGAAGUAGUGGAUUCUCUUCAGAGGCUGCAUUUGAUCGUUUCUGCCACAAAAUAUGUUCGAACGCUUCCUCCAGACUUCAGUAAGAAGCUCCAGACCCUGCUCUGCUCCCCGUCAUGUCCUGAGCAGUUUCAGAUCCUGUCCUCUGCCAUCCUGAGGGAGAGUCUUCCUCUGAGUUUACACAGCCUCUCCUCAGAGCUCAGCCAGGACAGCAGGACACUCAGUUACAUGGCCAGUGUAAUACUGUCCCAGGCUGGAAGCAAGGAGGAUCUGCUUCCUCUCUGUCAGCAUUUACUGAAGAGUCUGGAUUCAAGGCAGCCUGAGGCUCAGGUUAUCAAACACACACUUCCUAUUCUCUCCAAGAUCUUCAGCUUCUCUCCGCAGAUCCUCAGUGAAGAUCAGGUGAAUCUGGUCAGUCGGAAGUUGGCUGAUUGGCUGAGAUAUGCCAGUGUUCACCAGGGAGCCUCCAUGUCCUCGGGGGGAUUUUUCACCAGUCCCAGAACACGUCAGCCGGCUCUAAUGAUUGAAGUGGAUGGAGCCGUGGCUGGAGACUUCUUCACUGUGCUGUGUGUGGGGCAGAGCUACACUGAAGACCAGUGGAUGAACAUGUACACUUUUUCUAUGAUCAGGAAGUGGCUGCUCACCUAUGAUGCAGAAGGAACGUCUAAUACAGAAUCAGCUCAGCUAAAAAGAACACAAGUCAUUCAAACGCCACACCAAGAUGACAGGUCUGAAGUGGACAGCUCGGUGAUGUCCAUGGUUUCGGCCACCUCCUCGUCCAGCCGUCUCCUUCCCCCAAAGGAGCGUCUCAGAGAGAAAGCCUUUGAGUACUGCCACCGUCUGAUCGAGCAGAGCGACCGGAAGGCCCUGAAGAGAACCGAUGCAGAGCUGCAGAAAGCAUGCCUUGUGGAGUCAGUGGCCAUAAUGGACAUUAUCUGUACUGAGGAUGCCUCCUAUGUGUACCGUGCCUUCCCCUGUAUUAAAGCCCUGUACGGCAGGCUGAGUGCUGAUCUGGGCUCUGCACGAGCCCUGCUGCCCAUCGCUCAGUUCUACCUCAACCACAGUGAGAUGGCUGCUGUUGAUUCCGAGGCCGUUUUCUGCCAUCUCUUCAGCCGCUUCCCAGCCGAGCUCUUUAACGAGCCGAUGCUGGCCUUCGAGUUUGUUCAGUUCUGCCUCCGAAACGUGACGGUCCUGCAGGAGAAAGUAGCCAUUUAUAGACACAGCUUCCCCAACCUGCUCAAGUUCCUGGCCUGGAACAGCCCGGGUCUGAUUUCUGAGUAUGUAGAGCUCCUGCCCUCUCUUUUGGCUCCUGAGACUGCGAUCGAGCUUCUCCACACGCUGCUGGAUCUGCCGUGCCUGGCUGCUGCACUGGAUCUCCAGCACAGGUCUGCAUGUUACCCAGUUCAGGAUCGUGCUGUGUGGGAUCAGCAGGGCUCCAAGAUCACUGCUUCUUUAGACGCCUUCCGCCAACCUUCUUACAGAGGGCUCUUCCUCUACAUCCUCAGACCUGAGUCUGGCACUGGAGACACUAUUGACAGGUUGAAUACCCUACACAAGGCUCUGGAGGGCAUGGUGGAGAGUCCACGAGUGGUGCACUGUGCCCAGAUUGUUCCAGUGCUGUUACACGUCUACUUUAACACAGUCACAAAGAUGGCUGAUGAGAAACUUAUAAGCCAGUUUUUGAUGGUCUUGCUGGAGAGAAGCAGCCUUCUUUACAACAUAAAGAACUUCAGCACUGAAGUGCAGAGAGUGUUCAGCAUGCACCUGCAGACCCUGUGUAAGCUGCACCCUCCGCUGAUUGUGGAUCAGUACAAGGAGCUGCUGGACUUUGCCAGCACCACGACCAGCAUCUACAGUAAAGAGCACUUCUACACGCAUGUGGUGUGGGUAAUAGGAGAGUAUCUGUCGGUGGCGUUCGAUCCUCGCUGUACCGUGGAGCUGAUCACCUCCUUUUUUGAGGGUCUGGAGGCGGUGCUGUUUGAGAUCACGCAAGUGCGUCAGUCUGCCAACCCCCCAACCUACUCUCCACAUCUCCUCACCGUGCUGAUGACCGCACUGGCCAAACUGGCCUCCCGCAGUCAGGACCUCAUCCCUCGAGCUUCUCUCCUGCUGUCUAAGAUGCGCUCGUUUGCCCGCAGUGGACCCGUAACCGCGUGCUUCAGCGAGGAGGACAGUGAGGAGAUCAUCACCCGAGCCCACGAGCUCAUCAACCUGCUCAAACUCCCCAACGUCGCUCAGUUUGUGCUGGCCCCCUCUGCACGGGGCGAGAGCCCCCGCUGGCACAGGGACACGAACACUGGCCUGCCCCAGCGCAUGAGGGCCAUCAGUGGCCUGCUGCACAACCAGUCCAGCUUCCUGCCUGCAUAGACUCAUCACACUCGUCUCAGAACUCACUCAGCCUCGUGCUGACCGGAGCUGGACCGGGCCAGAGACUCCACAGCAGACAUGCUGAUUGUAGUGAGUAACUAUGAAUGCAAUCAAACUCAAUCAUGAUCACAGUAAAACUUUACACUGCAGGA